ACAGGGUGCCUUAUCGUGACGUCAUUGGUGAGCGACAGAAUCAUCUGUCUGGAACGGUGUCUCCUCGCAGCAGGCUCGACGAGCGUGAAAAUGGUCAAAAAGGGGAAAAUUCGAUCCGGGACGGCUUCGAAAAUCAAACGAUGGAAGAAAGGACACAGUAGCGACUCAAAUCCACAGACGAGCCGACAUCGACACGCUGCUAAAAGUCGUUUUUUCAGCCGACCCUCCGGAAAAAGUGAUUUGACCGUUGACGCUCUCAAGCUCCACAAUGAGUUGCAGACAGGUCCGCUGGAGAUCAAAACAGCAAGCCAGAAAGAUGACUCCAUGGAGGAUGAGCAAGCGGUGUCAGACAGGACCUCGGGAACCUUCCUCAGCGGGCUCUCGGACUGUUCCAAUCUAACUUUUAAGAAGGUACAGCGGUUCUGGGAGUCCAACUCUGCUGCUCAUAAAGAGAUCUGCGCUGUGUUGGCCGCUGUAACAGAGGUGAUACGCAGCCAAGGAGGGAAGGAGACGGAAACGGAAUAUUUUGCUGCUUUGAUGACAACUCUGGAAGUGGUGGAUUCAGCGGAAUCGCAAGCUGCCGUUGCGUAUCUCCUAAACCUCACGAUGAAAAGGGUUCCUGCCCCAGUGCUCAUGUCUAAAUUCUCUGACACCACCAAGGCUCUGAUGGACAUCAUGUCCCAGCAAGCCUCGUCUGAAAACACAUCGUCUCUUAGAUGGAUUCUCUCGUGCUUGGCCACUCUGUUGAGAAAACAAGAUGUGACUGUUUGGACUUACCCUUCCACUCUUCAGGCAUACCAUGGCCUGCUCAGCUUCACCGUGCACAGCAAACCCAAGGUGCGUAAAGCGGCGCAAGAAGGCGUGUGCUCUAUCCUCCGAGGGAGUGACUUCCUGUUCACAGAUAAAGCCCCCGCCCAUCACCCUGCUGCUGUGUCCACAGCCAAGUUCUGCAUCAAGGAGAUGGAACAAGCGGGAGGGAGCAGAGAGGACACCACCACGCUCCACGUGCUAGGCCUCCUAAAGGAGCUGAUGUUGACGUUCCCCCUGGGGGCUGUUAAGUCGUGUUGUGAGACGCUGCUGCGGGUUAUGACACUCAGCCAUGCGCUAGUGACUGCCAGCGCCAUGCAAACCUUCCAUAGACUCUUCAGCGGGAAACCAAGCACCUCAAACCUAUCACCUGAGCUUAAUGCGCAAAUCAUUACAGCUUUGUAUGACUACCUGCCCAGUGAAAAUGACCAGCAGCCUCUGCUGGCCUGGCUUGCUGUCAUGCAGAAGGCGCAUGUUCACUUAGCAUGUUUGCAGAGUUCUCUCACUCUAGGCCACCUGCCUCGCCUCUUCUCAGCUGCCAUGUCCUGCUUGUUGUCGCCUCACUCGCAGGUGGUCUCUGCGGCGGCCACUAUGCUCAAGACGCUUUUGAUGGAGUGUGUGGGUCCUCACAUGGGGGAAAUCGGCACGGUAUCUGCCACAGCCUCUGCAGGAAACCCCUCCUAUGUCUGCAGAAUGUUUCGCAUCGUGGAGGAAGGCUUGUCCUAUCGUUUCCAUGCCUCCUGGCCCUAUGUCUUACAAAUACUUGGUUGUUUCUACAAGGUUGCAGGAAAACAUGCACAUUCCGUUAUGACCAAGUCCUUGCAGUCUCUCGCCGACCUGCGCGCCACUCCUCGAUUCCCAUACUGUGGCGAGCUGGAUCUGGCGGUCGGGAGCGCUGUGGAGAGCAUGGGCCCGGAGGUCGUGUUGGGAGCCGUGCCUCUCAACAUCACUGGCUAUGACGACGACCUGGAGUUCCCACGCAGCUGGCUUGUGCCCGUCAUCCGCGAUCAUGUGAAGAAUACUCACCUGAGUUUCUUCAUCUCCUAUUUCCUUCCUCUAGCUUCCACACUCAAGCAGAGAGCUGAAGAGUUGGAGCAAGCGGGUCAGAACCUGGAAGCCAAAGUAUAUCAGACGUUACAGCUUCAGAUUUGGACCAUGCUUCCCGGGUUUUGCACGUGUCCUGUGGACUUGGUGUCAUCUUUCAAAGGAAUUGCUCGCUCUCUCGGCAUGGCCAUCAACGAGCAACCUGAUCUGCGACUCACAGUCUGCCAGACCCUGCGCACUGUCAUCAAUAAAAGCUGCAACACUGUGGAGGAAAAAGCUGAAGUUGGUCGCUUCUCUAAGAACUUCCUGCCCAUCCUCUUCAACGUGUACAGCCAGCAGCCUGCUAACGGAGAAUCUGCAGCCUACAGGAUGGCUGUCUUGGACACCAUUAAAGUUUACUUGACGGUCACUGAACGGCAGAUGAUCAACACAUUCCUGCAAAAAGCCACGGAUAGACUGACCAGUUCAGAAAGCACAGAGUUCACACGGUUGUCAAUGCUGGACCUUAUUGUUGCCAUGGCGCCCUUCCUGGAUCAGCUAACCAUGACGAAGACGUUUGAGCUCAUCAGGCCAUAUUUAGAGAUGAAAGAACCGGGAAUGCAGAAGAAAGCUUACCGUGUGCUAGAAGAGAUGUGCGCGGGAGAGGGAGAUGAGAGCAAGUCGUUUGUCGUGGCCAACCUCGACACUCUGAAGGCGGUCUUGCUGGAGACCCUAAAAAAUGCGGCGUCGCCAGCAAAACGGCCUCGACUGAAGUGUCUGAUCCACGUGAUGAAAAGACUUGACAAAGAACACAAAGACUUCAUCAUCUCUCUUCUGCCAGAGGUCAUCGUAUGCACGAAGGAAGUGUCAGUCGGCGCGCGCAAGAAUGCGUACACUUUGCUGGUGGAAAUAGGAAACGCAUUCGUGCGAUUCUGUGGGAACACAAAAGAGGCUAUGCAGCAGUAUCUGCUCGUGAUGUACGCUGGCCUCACAGGCUCCAUUACCAUGAUCACUUGUACUGUGAUGGCCCUCACACGAUUGGUGUACGAGUAUAAAGACUCCAUUGAGAUUUCCACCAUGGAGCAGCUUCUGCAUAAUGUGUGUGUGUUGCUGGCGUCUCGUACCCGAGAAGUGGUCAAAGCGGCGUUGAGCUUCAUCAAGGUCAUCCUUUUCGUCAUGGACCCCAAGACCUUGGCAUCACAUAUCACUGUCAUGAUGGAAGGCAUCGGGAAUAUCACGGAUAAUGCUAGGAGACACUUUAGAGCCAAACUCAAAAAUAUCUUCACCAAGUUGAUCAGGAAGUUUGGGUUUGAGCUAGUGAAGAGCAUGCUGCCUGUCGAGCACCACAAGGCUCUAGCAAACAUUCGCAAGACGGAGGCUCGUAGCCAGCGGAAGAAACAAGCGGAGAAGCAGCAGGAAGACUCAGACAGCGAAGACGUGGCUCCCAAAGCCCCUAAUGACAGUAUUGAAGACAUCCUGGCGGGGUCGGAUAGCGAUCUGUCAGAGUACGAAGUCAAGGCUGGGAGGAAGAAGAAGGGUUUGAAGCAGCAGAAAGGUCAGGCUUGGCUCAAAGAGGGAGAGGAUGACGACCCGCUGAACUUCUUGGACCCCAAAGUUUCACAAAGAGUGCUUGCCACCAACCCAGGGAAGAAAAAGAGCGCCAAGGCGGAGCAUGGCUUCAAGACGACGUCAGACGGGCGGCUGAUAAUCCGAGAAGAGGACGACAAAGAAGACCAGAAAGAUGACGGCGAUUUGAAUGAUAUUUUGGAAGAAGCUGGAGUGAAGAGUAAAAAGGCACAAAAAAGGAAACUUCGAGAUGAUGAGUUUGAAGAUAUGGACACAGAACCCCAGCUGAAAUAUAAAGCCGGCGGUUCGGGCAUUCACAGACCUCUGGGACGCAACACAGACUUUGGAUCUGAGUACAAGUCAAAGAAAGGAAAAGGGGACGUUAAGAAGACAGGCAAACUGGAUCCUUACGCUUACAUCCCGCUUAAGAAGUCCCAACUCAAUCGCAGGAAGCGGGCCAAGCUGCAGGGCCAGUUCAAGGGCAUGGUAAGAGGAGCCCAGAAGGGGGCGCUGUCAGGUAGAAAAGUGCACAAGCGCAAGAGGAGAGCCUGAAGAAUGUGAAUGACUCUUCAAAGAAUGUGUGAAUAUAUGUGUAUGUAAAGAGGAAAUCAAGUUUGUUUUUGAACUAUAUUAUGGAGCUUUACCUUGAGUGUUUGCAGACAAAAAGUGCACCAAUUUCCUCGGCCAGUUGGGGUCAGUAUUGUUUAAUAAAUCAUGCUUUUGAGGACCCGUGAAGUACAAAUGCAUGUUUCCCCACGAUUUAAAAUGUUUUUGUUGACAAGUGUCUUCUAGUAGAUGCCGCUUCUUAGCUGCUCUGCUUACUUUGCACAUUAACCCACCCUCCCCAAAGUUUACGCUAAAAGUGUGACAUUGAAUACACUCCUAACACAAUUUUAAGUGUCCAAUUAUGUUUUGUGACUCCAUAAAUGUCACUUAUGGAUUAUUAGUGUCCUGACAGCAGUUAAAAGCCAAUUUGCUUAAUUCAAGAAAAUCACUGAAGCAUUAAAUAUAAUUUGACUUGUAAGCUUUUUCCUGCAAGACAUCUGAAUAUUGCAGAAAUAGAUCACUUUUAUUGGAUGGAAAGAAGACCUACAUUAAAAAAAAUAGUUUAUUGAAGUUAUUACAGAAAUAAUGCAACUGAGUGAUUAUUUCAGUCAGUAAAUGAAACGAAAGGUACAAGGGAAUCUUUGGUACUAGAGUUAAAAAAUAAAAAACAACAGAAAAUCAGUCUAAUGGGCUUUAUUUCUAUACAGUGGUACCUCUACUUACAAACAUCUCUACAUAGAGAAUUUUCCGGUUAAGACGCGCCUCAAUGGGAAAAUAUUGCCUGUUACCAAAGAAAUUUCAGGAUACCUUAAGGCAAAUUCAAGUUCAUUGAACGUAUAUAUAGCUGCUCUGCUGUUCAUUGGCGAAGAGGGACCUGUACUGUGUCUGUGUCCAUUCGCCCCUCUUGUGUUUUUUACAUGGUGCACAAGUGUGAUUUGUUUAUUGUUUAACAAUCUAAUUGUAACAUGUAUUUGUUACAUGUUUUGAUGCUUUACAAAAGAUUUACAGUGGUAUGAAAAACUAUCUGAACCUUUUGGAAUUUCUCACAUUUCCGCACAAAAUCACCAAAAUGUGAUGUCAAAAAUCACACAGAUGAAAAAAGUGUCUGCCUUAACUAAAACAACCCAAACAUUUAUAGGUUUUCAUAUUUUAAUGAUAGUAUGCAAACAAUGACAGAAGGGUGAAAAAUAAGAACCAUCACAUUUAAUACUUUGUGCCCCCCCCCCACCCCCAAGAUUAGUCCUGAUCAUUCUUCUCGAUAAAACUGCUGUAGUUCUGAUUCCUGGGAUGUCUGGCAUGAAUCGCUGUCUUUAGGUCAUGCCACAGCAUCUCAAUGGUGUUCAAUUCUGAACUUUGACUUGGCCACUCCAGAACGUGUAUUUUGUUCUUUUGAAACCAUUCUGAAGUUGAUCUACUUCUGUGUUAUGGAUCAUUGUCUUGUUGCAGCAUCCAUCCCCUUUUAAGCUUCAAAUGUCUGACAGACGGCCUCAGGUUUUCCUGCCUGGAAAACAUCCUGAUAAACUUUUGAAUUCCUUCUUCCAUUAAUGAUUGGAAGUUGUCCAGGCCCUGAGGCAGCCAAGCAGCCCUAAAUUAAUAAGCUCCCUCCACCGUGCUUCACUGUGACGAUGAGGUGUUGAUGUUGGUGAGCUGUUCCAUUUUUCCUCCACACGUUGUUGUGUUACUCCCCAAAAAUUCAACUUUGGUUUCAUUAGUCCACAAAAUAUUUUGCCAAAACGUCUGUGGAGUGUCCAAGUGCCUUUUUGCAAACAUUAAACAAGCAACAAUUUUUUUUUAGACAGCAGUGGCUUCCUCCCAAGAACACCAUUCUUGGCCAUAGUUUUGCAUAUAGUUGAUGUAAGCAGAGACAUAUUGGACUGUGCCAGUGAUUUCUGUAAGUCUUUAGCAGACAAUCUAGGGUUCUUUUUUACCUCUCUGAGUAUUCUGCACUGAACUCUUGGCAUCUUUGGUGGAUGGCCACUGCUUGGGAAAGAAGCAACAGUGCCAAACUCUCCAUUUGUAGACAAACUCUCUUACUGCCGACAAUCCUUGAUCGCAGGUCUUCAGACAUAUUUUUUGACAGAGCCAUGAUGCCCAUCAGACUGCUGCUCAUCAAGACAAUUCGUACCAGGUGUUUUUUUUAUAGUGGGCAGGGCAGUUUUAAACCACUCAUUCGUGAUUGGGCACACACCUGACUUAUUGAGCAAUUGAAACCAAUUUUUACCAAACAUUUUAAGUCUCCUUAAGCAGAGGGUUUACAUAUUUUUCCCCCCUUCUGUCAUUGUUUGCAUGCCAUCCUCAUUAAAUUAUGAAAACCUAUACAUGUUUGGGUGGUUUUAGUUAAGGCAGACACUGUUUUGAAUUCUGUGUGAUUUUGACAAAGAUCACAUUUGAUGGUGAUUUUAUGCAAAAAUGUAAGAAAUUCCAAAAGGUUCAGAUACUUUUUCAUACCACAGUAUGUCUCAAUUCUGGGGGCUUGAAAUGGAUUAGGGGAAUAUGGACAUGGAAAAAUGUGUCUAUUCACAGAAAUUUAAAUUGCAAAACUACUUCCAGAACCAAUUAAUUUCGUAAGUAGAGGUACCACUGUAUAAUAUAAUGAAAAUAACUUUUUAAAUAAAAAUACCUUGCCAUUGCUUCAAAAAGUAAAACCGUAGUGUUGGACUCAUCCUUGGCUAAUAAAAUAAAUACAAUCUGUAGAAACUGCCCUGCAGUUGCAAUUUAGGUUUUAGCAGGUUGUGAAAUGUAAAAGGACAACUUUAAGGGUAGUCUACAUUGAAGGAAAAAAAAAAAACUUUAAUGCGCUUAUAUUGUAUUUUUUUUUUUUUUUGUUUUAAAUUUUUUUAAAAUGAAAAUCUCAUUUAAUAACACCCAGCAAAAAAUGACACAGAACAUUCUACGCAGCUCGGAGGUGGCAAGCCUUUUUCCUAUGUGAGAAUAAAAAAAUGAUGCAACAAUCAAGCGUGAUUGCUUAGUGGUUUGCACAUCUGUCCCAUAGCUCAGAGAUUCUCAGUUCAACUCCCACAUUCUAAAAACAUGCACGUUAGGUUCACUAUACUUUUAGCUGUUAGUGGUUGUCUGUAUGUGCCAUGGGAUUGUCCUAAAAGUAAUACGCGUUCACCACCGAUCUAAAAUCUAACAUGCUCUUCUUCCUAUUAGUCACCAUGUGAGUACUGAAGUAACAAAAAGGCUGGCUGGUUUGCAUGUGAGGAUAAAUAUAGUAUGCUUUUGCUGUCCAGCAACAAGGCCCUUAAGCUUGCAUAAGAGGGAGCACAUGUAUUAUC